AUGGAGCAGGCGGGAUACGAGAGGUACCAGGAACGUAGCAGUGAACAAGAUAGAAAAAGGCGACAUCACUGUCCACACAUCCCUACUAAGAUUUAUGAUAAAACAGAGAAACCAUGUCUUCUCUCCGAAUAUACCGAGAACUACCCUCUCUAUCACUCUUACCUGCCCAGAGAGUCCUUCAAGCCCAGGCUGGAGUACCAGAAAGGGUGCAUGCCAAUGGAAUGGCUGACCACGUCGAGGAGAGAUUUUGGGCCUCACAAAGUGUUACCCAUGAAGAUCCACCAGCCCAACCAGUUUGUCCCAAGUGAAGAGCAUAUGGAUCUGCUCACAACGUAUAAACAAGAUUACAACCCCUACCCUAUCUGUCGCGUGGACCUCAUCAAACCUCGGGACAGCAAAUACCCAUGUGGUGAUAAGAUGGAGUGCCUACCUACUUAUAAAGCCGAUUAUUUACCCUGGAACCAACCAAGACGAGAACUGCUUCGUCCGCCACAGAACUACCAGCCGGCAUCAACCAAGUUUGAUAGUAGAACCACACACCAGGACGACUACUCCAUGAAGGGCCUAGUGAAUACCGUGAGCUGUAAGCCUCCGGCGGUGCCCAAGCUCUGUCACGUCCCCCUGGAGGAUCUGACCAACUACAAGAUGAGCUACAUGGCCCACCCUUUGGAGAAGCGCUUUGUCUAUGAGCCGGAGAAGUUCAGACCCUCUGAAAUCCCCUUCGAAAGCUUCACCACCCACAAAGAGUCAUACCGAGGCUUGAUGGGGGAGGCAGCCAAGAGCUUGAAGCCUCCAGCCAGGCCUUGUGGGCGAGACACGCCUUUCUCAACCACCACCGAGUUUCGUGAUAAGUACCAAGCUUGGCCAACGCCCCAGGUGUUCUCCAGAGCUCCCGCCGCCUACGUCCCUCCUGAAGAGAAGAUGGACCUUCUGACAACAGUGCAGGCCCACUACACAUACCCUAAGGGGGCCCCAGCUCAGCCCUGCCGACCAGCGCGCUCAGUCAAGAAGGGUGGCCACUUCGAAAGCUCCACCACGACCAAAGACGACUACAAGCAGUGGGCCAGCGUGCGCACAGGGCUGGUCAGGCCCGUACCCCAGCUGAACCUCCCCACCGAGCCCUUGGACUGCCUGACCACCACACGAGCCCACUACGUGCCCCACCCGCCCAUCGCUACCAAAAGCUGUAAGCCCCCCUGGGCUGGCCCCCGAGGAAACAUCCCUGUGGAGGGCCAGACCACGUACACCAUCAGCUUCACGCCUAAGGAAAUGAGCAGGUGCCUGGCUUCGUACCCGGAGCCCCCCGGCUACAUCUUUGAGGAAACAGAUGCUUUGGGGCACAGAAUAUACAGGCCAAUUUCCCAGACAGGCUCUCGGCGGAGCAGCUGUCUUUCUGUGGGUGAUUCGGAAAAUCCCAACCAGCAGGAGUUGGCAGUCUCAGCUUGAUUGUUAAAAAUUAUAAUUUAGAAAUUGCACAGUACUUUUAAAAGCAGAUGAUUGAGUUAUUUGUUGGACCAAAAAAAAAAUUCCUCAAAAUGAAAAAAAAUCUUCGUCAUCAUUUCCAGGACGCUUGAAUAAAAUGAGAAUUAGUUGACUCAAGGAAAAUGACAUUUAAUCAUUGGUUAAUUAGUCCCCUUAACCCUUCCCCAACUGUCUCCCCCUCUGGGGCCCUUUACCCUUGUGCUCAUGAAAUCAAAGCUGGUCUCUGAGGUUUCCCCCCACCCAGAAGUAUUUUAUUAACUUAAUCAUUGUAUAAAU